CUUGCCACCACACAUCCGGAUGGCACAGAAACUGAAGGUGAAUAAGGAUGUGUAUGAAAAACUGAGGACACUUUCAGACAAAAAAAGCUUUGGAGAGAGUGAAAGAAAUGUUGGGACAAAAAGCUGAUUCUUUGGGCAGGUCGAAGCAGGGAGCUUUCAGUCCGUGUGAAGUUUCCAGCUCAGAUGAUGGGUUGUUAUUGUCUUGGGAUGAUCAACCAGAACACGAGGACAGAACUCAGCAUCAAACUUUGAACCAAAUGUCAGAAGUGGAGUCCAACGUGACAGACGUUAAACACAUGGAGAGAUAUCAGGAUUUGGAUGAAAUCAUAGAUAUUAAUGACUAUCCAUACGAAAGUGAUCCAGAACCGAGCCAGAGUCCUGGUUUUUACACUGAAGUCAUGGAYGUCACUAAUCCGUUCGAGUCAGAUGAAAUUAUUUGGUGUCAAGAUGAAAUCACACCUCAGAUUGAGAGAUCUGGACUAACGGUACCAGAAAAACCAAGUGUUUCAGAAAUAAAACAACCAGAUCAGAGGAACAAAAAAAUACAUCAGACACAGCAGUUUCAAAUAAGGGAAAUGGGGGCGAAUUUGAAGAAUAAAGAAAACUGUCAGUUGCUGGAAAAGCAAAACUCAAACGCUGCUCAGAUUCAGGACCAGCUUGAUGCAGACGUCAUUCUGAUUGACCCAGUUGAAAAAAUAACAGAAGCCAAAGAGCGUUCUCUCACUCCUGAAACACAACGUAGGAAAAGUGAAUCGACUCAGCUGCAGACCACUGCGUCGACGGAUCAGCAGAACACAUCAGAACUGAGCCACAGAGUCCUCAAAGCCYUAAACUACGGCUCAGGAUCCGGAGAGCACGGUUCAUCUCAGCCGCAGCCCCAAAUUUUAUUUGUGAAAGGAGCUCAGGGCAACAGUAAUCUGUCUCACUACCUGAAGGCACGUUUCGGUGAAAGAAACCCUGAGAAACCGAUCGUUGGCAAGGACCUUGUCUGGGAAUGUCAGGGGAUUACUGAGAGAACGUUCUACCUGUGUGAAGUCUGUGAGAAGAGACUCUGUCAUUCAGAAAUCUGUGACCACAUGGCCAGCCAGGAACACCAGGUCGAGUUCCUGAAGAAAAAGCACCCAGGCAUCCAUCAGGAAUGCUGCAUGCCAGAGGAUUUGGCUCAAGAGAACGGAAAGUUCAUUUUAAACGUCGUCAGCCAGUACCUCGCAGAACGGGAGGUGGGCCUGGACGCACAGUGCCUUCUAUUGACUCCAGAGAUGCGUCGUUUUGUUCAUACCGCUUCGUUCGACGAAGCGUUGAGAACUGUGAAAAGCUUCAUGAAGGGRAACUCUGGUGACUUCUCUCAACUUAUCUGUGCCUCCCAGCAGAGCUCUGUUCAGAACCCAGAAAAAUCUAGUUUGGAGAAGACGGCCAGGGUUGGAGAUUUGGUUGUGGUUGGAGAAAAAAGAGGCUUGAGUCUGGAAUUGGACCCUUCCUGCUCCAAGGAUGAGCCCGUUGUCUCUUCAGCCCCCGUUUGUACGAAACGUGUGCCUCAGGAGGCCUGCAGAGGCUUAUCUCCACAACCAAAUGUGCCUCCGAUCCAAAUCUAUGAUCCACAGCCACAAGAAAAAUCUGUGUCAGUUUCAACACAUCCUACCACUGGUGCCUCUACAACCUGUCAAAUUCCAAGGGUGUCCCACUCAAGCAAAUCGUUCCCAGUCAGGAAAAGAGCAGCAGAAACUCCUCCUGAAACUCUGCUCCAGUCAGUCACCAGCAGCCGACUGGUACACCCAUUGUCAGUCAAAUGCACACCCAGCCCCAUGAAUGUUCAGAAUGAGCCCGGACCUCCGUCUACCUCAGAGUCCACGUCAGGUAACUCUACAGAGAGCCCCACCCCACAGACUCUGCAAGAUGAAGACUCUGGUCCCAGUUCAACCAAAUCCACAGCGAACUGGGAGCUAUAUGCAGGACUGAUCUCCAUGUUGAAAGAUAUUAAGCAGACUGACCUCACGGCAACCUGUGACAACGCCGAAUCUAGUACUUCAUUUGAAAAUGUGGAAAAUAAAAAUUUAAAGCCACUUACUAUGGAUUCUGGUAAGACAGAAUCCAAAGCGCCACAAACCCCGUGGAGCUCCAGUGCUCUGGAAGUUUUCAGAAGUGCGAGAAGCUUAUCAGCUGCAACCUGCAACCAAGAACAAGACCGGACACCACAGAGUUACCUAGAGCCCAGCAGGUUUUGUCAGCAGACCAUCGGCACCAUCAUAACAACYMGAACAAAYCCCGUUCAAAAUGCCUUCCAGGGYGGCAAAAKCAGACAGACUCACACCGAUGUGAGCAGAGAGCAUCAGGCCAAUUUCCAGUCAGGUUCGACGGUCAGUCUCCCCGACUCUGUGUCCGUAGGAUCGUCUGUAGGUUUUAACGCUCCACAUAGCCAGGAUGCCUACGCCACACAAGGAAAUCCGAUGUCUUUAUUUGCUCAGGCGGUCACAGGUUGUACAACUCAAAACGAUCCCCACAUCAGGGCUGCAAGCUCAUGUCAGGGGUACAUCUACCCAAACCAGACGUAUCCGGACCAGACCAGAAACCCGUUCAGCCUUCAAAUGGUCAGGCACAGUUCAGAAGCUCAAAUGCUCUCAGGAUGGGAGAAUGGGGGUGUGGGUGUGCAUCAGCUUCAGUAUUACCACUUUUGGGCAAAAUGAUCAGGAAAAACUGAGACUGUUUUUUUGUUUUUGUUUUGUCAUAUGGUAUUAUUUUACUAUAAAUAUUGGCCAAAUGUCCUCACUUUAAGUGCAGUUUGUGUUUAUGCCAUGAAGAGCUGUUUAAAAAAAGUUUUUUUUACACAGAAGCAUCUUUGAUUCUUUAUUUCARUUGUAAUUUAUUGUUCCGAUUAUUGUUUCCAUAUACAACUUGAACACUAUUGGUCAAGCAUUAUUUGUAUUUGACUGAAAAUGUCAAUAAGCUCUUGUUCCUGUUUUUUGAAGCAAUUUCUUUUUAUUGAAUUAAUCAUUUUAAUGUAAUUUCUCUACAUUUGAGACCAGUAUUAAACUUUUAUACAUACUUUUUAUAGGCUGUUUUUGCAGAAUACUUGAGAUGGUUUUUUUUGUAAACAGAAUGUAUUAAAUAUUUCUUUAUCGCAGCUCACUCAUUUUUCAAACUUUCUGUGAAAAUGGACUUGCUGAGUUCAGAUAACUGUUACCUCUGUCACCUCUUAAAAGUACAAUAGUUGAAGUUUGUUAUAAAAUAAGAGUAAAAUGUUUUAGAUGUA